CGCCGUUUUCAAACAGAAUAGAAACACAAUGGCUGCAACACAUGACUUGACGAUGAAGAUGAUUCCCUUCUUGGAUCGUCAUCUUGUUUUUCCUCUUAUAGAAUUCCUUGAAUUAAAGGAAGUUUAUGUUGCUGAAGAUUUACUCAAAGCCAAAUACGAUUUAUUCAAAAAUUCAAACAUGGUUGACUUCGUUGUUGACCUUUACAAAAAAUUGAACAAGACUGAGGAAACUCCCAAGGAAUUUGCCGAAAAGAGAGAAAGCGUUUUGGCUCGAAUGGAAGAUUUAAGAACAAAAGCUCAAAAGGUGAUGGAAGUUCUUCAGAAGCCUGAAGUCAUUGCUGUUCUCCGUCAAGAUAAAGCAGAAAGCAUUCAGUAUUUAAAGGAUAACUAUCAAUUUACUGAUGAUUCUAUCAACAUUUUAUACGAAUUCGGUCAAUUCCAAUACAAUUGUGGUGAUUAUGGAGGAGCCGCUGAUUAUCUUUACCAUUAUCGUGUUUUGUCUUCUGAUCCCGAACGUUCUCUUUCUGCCACUUGGGGAAAGAUGGCUGCAGAAAUCUUGACAGGUAACUGGGAUGGUGCAUUAGAAGAAAUUCAAAAGUUGAGAGAAGCUAUUGAUCAAAAGAGCUUUAUAUCACCUCUCCAACAACUUCAACAACGUACUUGGCUUCUCCACUGGUCUCUUUUUGUUUUCUUCAAUCACCCCAAGGGCCGUGAUUGUAUGGUUGAUAUGUUCCUUACACCUCAAUACAUCAACACUAUCCAAACCUCUUGCCCUUGGGUUUUGCGUUAUCUCACAACAGCUGUUGUUACAAAUAAGCGCAGAAAGCACCAGAUGAAAGAAUUAGUUAAAAUCAUUGAACAAGAAUCUUAUGAAUACCAAGAUCCCGUCACUCAAUUUGUAGAGGCGCUUUUCGUACACUUUGACUUUGAAGGCGCACAAAAGAAAUUAAAAGAAUGUGAAGAUGUACUGAUGAACGACUUCUUUUUGGCUGCUACUCAAGAAGAUUUUAUGGAAAGCGCGAGACAAUUCAUCUCUGAGACAUAUUGUAGAAUUCAUCAAAAGAUUGACAUCAAGCAAAUGUCACAAAGAUUGAACUUGAGUCAAGAAGAAGGUGAAAAGUGGAUUGUUAACUUGAUUAGAGAUACACGCGUUGAUGCAAAGAUUGACUUUGAAGAAAAUACUGUCAUCAUGAACACACCUAUUACAUCUGUAUAUCAGCAAGUUAUCGAACGUACAAAGACACUCUCUUUCCGAUCACAAGUGCUUGCAUCUACCAUCAAAAGACGAGAAGUUCAAGUUGCAAAUAACUCAAACGAAGUUUCAGCUUAAAAGUUUUCUAUUGUUUGUUAAAUUAAAAAGACUCUUGGUUUUUUUUUCUGCGAAAAAGAAAGUAAUUGCUUUUAUGAAAUGACUGUAACUUGUAACAUUAAAAAGGAGAAGAAGGGCAUUUGGAUCUCCUAUCACCCCCCACACUGUUCUUUGUUUUAUCCCCCAAGUGAGAUUGAUCAUAUGACAAAUCCAUUUACUUAUUUAAACAGACGUACUCAGAUUCAC